AAAUUGCGAAUGCAGUGGUUAUUUAGCAAUAUACGUAACCGCGAAGUCGAAUGGAAGAUAAAAGGACUUGCAGUUCUUUCUCGGAGACGGUAUUAUUGACUCAUUUUUCGGAACUAUAGCACAACAAAAGCCAUCAACAGUGUAUAUAUAUGUGAUAUAUAUCCGGGAAAAAAGUACUCACUUUUUUCCCACGGGAAAAAAGUAAUUUAUGAAAAGUGACAUUUUAUAACCUGCCAACAGGGAUGAAAUGCCAAACUUUUUUCCCGUCACAGAAAAAAAUACCCUUUUUGGAUAUGGUUCUAUUUUGUUCUAUUCGAAAAAAUUGAAUUAACAUCAUAAUUACGAUAUUGUAAAUUUUAAAUGGACCUGUGAAAUAAAUAAAAAGUAAAACUAUUUUUUGUAGGCAACAUAAUUCGAAAUCAACUGUUUUAAUUCAUUCAUGACACUCUAGAUUUAUAAUUGAAAAAUCAACAUUACAUGUCAAAAAAUGGCAAAUGGUGUCCCAUUUGAAAUGAAAGAAAACAAUUGAAUACGCCAAAUACUGCCUAUUUAUGUACCCAAUUCACACACCGAAUGUCAUUUGUUUAUCUCUAAUAAACACAAAAGUUGAAGGGGUGAGCCACCUGUGAGUAACACCCACUGGAUAUUUCAUUUUUUUGUUAAUGAUAUUGCUGAUUUUUUAAACUUUAUAAACGAGUGAAUAGAUUUUCGGAAACUAAACAGCAAUGUAUACUGUAUAUAUAGGGAAUUGAAAGCUCUUUACAAUGAGGUAUCUCUUGACCCUCAUUCUCAUUUGAAACAUUUUUGAGGUGACACUCUCACUUAGGGGGUUGGAGGUCUUGCGUUAAAAGUAGUCCUCCUGACAAAGGAUGGGGUAGAGGGGGGGUAAUCACCGCGCCCCAGAAUUUGACAACAAAUUGAUUUUUUGAAUUCUAUUCAUAAAAAAAUGAUUGCACUAUAUAGUGUCAUAUUUAGGACAGCUGUCACAAUGUUUUGUUGUAUUGCAGUUAAUGGAUACAAUUCAAGUGAUAAAAUGGUGGAUUUUCAUAAUUUUAUGCAUUAUUUAUGCAUCAUUCAAUGCAAAUUGGUUCUUCUACUGAGCUCAAAACUUUAAGAAUAAGAAAAAUAGUUAUUUGUCUGUUAAAAGGUCACUUUUGAUGUCAUUUGGACAAAAAACAGAUUUUUUUACAAAAAUACUAUUACCCCUCCUAAUGAUUCACCUUAAGACCGCCCUUGCCUCCUGACUGAACAAACUUUUGACGCGUUUUCGGAUUUUAUCGAAAUGUUCUUUCCUUUGCGUAAUGCCUUGCAGUACGUUUUCGAUGGAUACACCCUUUAUAUACCUCACUGUUUGAUCAAUACAGUCACAGAAAUUCGUUUCUGUGGUGAUCAAACUCACUGAAAUUAUAUUUAAUGACAAAUUCACGAAAAUGUCAAAACCAACAACAAUAAAAGAUGCUAUCAAGAGAUGGGAAGAAAAACAUCCAGGAGAAUCUAUAAGUGAAGCCACAGAUGUGGGAUUCCAAUUCCAAUGGCCGCCAAUAGAAAAAAUGGAUAAUUCUCUCUCUGCUCUGACGAAAUGUAGAAAACUGAGCUUGUCGACGAAUAUGAUUGAAAAAAUUUCCGGAAUUAGCGCUUUGAAAAAUUUGAAAAUACUUUCUCUGGGAAGAAACUACAUAAAAUCGUUUUCCGGGCUGGAAGGAGUGGCAGACACCUUAGAAGAGCUCUGGAUCUCUUACAAUGUUAUUGAAAAAGUAAAAGGUGUCGGGGUUUUGAAGAAACUGAAAGUCUUGUACAUUGGAAAUAAUAUGAUUAAGGAAUGGGGAAUUAUCUACUUCAAUAUGCACAUGCUAUUCAGGAAUACCCUGUAUCUGGAUAAAUAUUGUUCAAAUCUCGAAUCUCUGUUACUAGCAGCCUUCCACAUAUGUAAUCCACAUUGUACAUCCAUAGUAUUUGUUAUAAUUGUAUUACCGAUAGUUAUUUGUACAUAAAGGAGUACUUAUUUAUAGUUAUUUUUUGUUUUUAAGGAAUGUGUACCUAUACCUAGUCAUGUACUGUAAAUAUAUGCAUAGAUAAUGUAGAGAAAUUUGUAUAAAGUAUAAAUAAAUAAAUACAAUUUGUUGAUUCCUAAUUUUAUUUUUCAUAUGGAUAUGGGAUAUGAAGGUGCAAUAAUUUUAAACAAUAUUAUAUAUCAUGAAUACGAUAUACAUAUCACCUAAUUUCAACAAUUUUAAGAUUUUGCAUCUGUAUCUGAAUAACAUCAAAACAAAUAGGGAGUGAUUCAGUAAUGAAAAUAAUGAAGGUGGGUAUUUGGUAUAACAUUUUUUGAUAAACCUCUCCCCGGAAAUGUUACACCCUUCUGAAGAUUAAAUAGAAAUGUUUUUUUUUUUGUAUUUUUCCUGUAUUUUAAGCAAUUAGCAUUAAAACUUCACAUUUUCAAAUGUUUUCAACCCUGAAGUAUCCUUAGAAGGGGUUGAGAUAUUCAACCCCUGAGAUAUUUCUUCUUUCAGCUUCAGAGGAACAAAUAAGUUUACCAGAUAUUUUUCCUAAAAAAUACAUUUUUUCUGCUGAAAUCAAUUCAAUGUGAAGAUUUUGAGUAAAUUGAAAUGUUUAUUUCAGAAAUUGAUACUGUGAAAUGGGCUAACCCCUUCAAUAUAAGUUAGAUUUGAUAAAUCUUCAUCAACAAGGUGAUCUGAGAAUUUGAAAGUAUAAGAUUGUAACAAGUCCUAAUUUCAUUGCCAUUUGUUCCUCAAUAGGAACACCCGGUAUUCAAGAUAUUUCUCAAAUGGAUUUCAUAACAUCUUCAAUAUUUCUGUAGAAUGCACAUUUUUGUAUUAAUUUCAAGAUGAUGAGGUCAAUAAGGUUCUGAUUUUCACCCCAUACCCAACUUUUGUUGAGUAAACAGAAUUGAUGAUAUCUUAUGUGGUUGAAAGUAAUACAGAGUGUCACAAAUUAUUUUCAAAAAAAAAACCUUGAAUCAAUUGCAAGCAAAAAAUUACUUCUUAGAGAAAAAACCCCUCCCCUAGCAGAUAAUCUCAAGAACAUAUUGUAAAAACAUAUCAAACAUCACAAUAUUCCUCUAAAAAAGAUUGCAUUUCUUUUCUAUUGGGGCAUCUGAAAAUAAUAAUUUUGGUAAAUGGUCUAGAUUUUGUCUAUGUCUUCUAGAUCUCAAAUUUUGGAUACAUUACCUCAUUCCGUUUCAGAAUAGUAUUUUUUUAAAUGUUUGUUUUUGAAGAAAAGUGUAAAACAUAACAGAUUAGUUUAUUUGAUAUCUGCAUUAAUAGGACUGCUAGAAGAUUUGAAAACCCAAAUGUAAUUUUCUAUUGUGGCAGUCAAAUCCCCAAUAUUUUUUUAACUCUCACUCUGUUUUCAUUUUGCUGCCUUCUAUCAAUUUCACAUAGGUUCCCAGAUGGUUCCCAGGUAUGUUCAGUAUCUGAAUAUCAACAAUUAACUAAAUUAAUUGAACUGGAACAUGAAGUGUGACAAUUCCUCAUGUUGUUUUUCUUUAUUUCAAACAAAAUAUGUGUAUUUGAAUUUGAAGAAUUCAAUAGUAGGAAAGAUGAUAACCACAACUGAGUGAAAAUCAGCAAUCUCCUCUUGUCUGGAUAUUCUCAAGCCUUUUCAUCAACUGUUGCUUCCACUCUUCUUCUGGAAUGUUUGCUGCCCAGUCAGGAAUGGCCCCUGGUGGCAGAGUUAUGUUCAUCAUAACCUGCCUAACUUCAUCUGCUUUUUUGCUGUCCAUUUCAAUAUCACAUGAUUUAGGAUGUGGUUCAGACCAAACUUCUUUUACCAAGGUUUCUUCCAUAGGGACUAUCACUGGUAUAUUUGGAAUUAUUGGAGUUUCAUUUGUUGUUGAAUCAGUAACAUUUUCCUGUU